AUGGCGGAUCAACUUUCGAUUUUAGAGCAAGUAGAUGCGACCAUGUCGAAUGUGCUGGCCGAUUGGAACAUCUACACUACCGUUUUUGCCGGCAUUCUCGCUGCCUUCGCGCUCUACUCGCUCGUCUCAUCCAAAGACCCCGACGUUCACCCAUUUCUCCUCGCCCGCCAAUCUACUGCCUCUCCGAUCAGACGGUCUGGUGAAUCUGCAACUUAUCGCAGUCUGGAGACACCUUAUGGAUUCCCGCUUCGAUCCGGACUGAAUGUUAAGGACCCCGGACAGCCUAAGUAUACCGCUGGUCGACGGGGCGAUCUGCGUGAUAUCUGGAAGGCUGCUGUUCGUGGAUAUUUGAAUCCAGAUGGGUCUCCAUCCGGCAAGCAAGGAAAGAUAUUUACCGCGCUCGGGAGAAAUGCCGUGCAGCACUCGCUGUCUCAAGUUACUCAGGAAAUCAAUGUGGUCGGACAAAAGUUGCAAAAGUCCGGUGCCAAAACCGUUGCUGUUUGUCUGACGGACUCCGUUGAGCUUCUUGCAUCUAUCUUUGCCGGCGCCUUUUACGGAUUCAAGACCAUCAUUGUCCCCCACAAUCUUCCUGCAGACACACUCUGCGCACACCUUCAGAAAUGCAAGGCUGAUGCUCUGAUCGCUGAGGCUGGCUCACUCGAUCUUUCUCUUGUCGCCAGGGGCAACAAACAGCUCGAGCUCGUUCUUUGGGUCGCCAAAGAGGGCAACCGACACAUGGACUGGCACGAUGUGCCCACGGAGGUCAAGGGCACCUUGAAGACAUCCGUUUGGCACGAACUGGUUGAGGAAUAUAAGGACCUGGCGGGACUAGAUGUCCCCGAGUACGACCCCACCACUCCUGCCCCGGCAGUCAACACAGUGUGGCCGUCCUCUGACCCGUCUGGCGAAUUUAUUGAUUUCAAGGCAGAGAACCUCGUCGCCGCAAUUGCCGCUUUGGGCUCUGCUCUUCCUCGCGACCAGCGAUUUACCCCUUCGGAUCUCGUGCUGUCUAUCGAUUCUCUCUCCCGUUCCUACCCUCUGCUGCAGAUCAUGAAUGCGCUCUACUCGAACGCGUCUAUCGCUUUGAACUCCGUGGCUGGUGAGAAGGUUGACUUUGCCCUUGCUACUCUUGGCGUGUCCCCCACCGUUAUUAUUGCAUCCUCUCGCACCAUGUCCGACUACCACGAGCGUGUCAUGAAGCCACACACUGGGCCAGUUUCCUCUCUGGGCCGCUGGGUGCAAGCACGUACCCUGGAUGCAGGGAACAUGCCUUCGAAGAACAUCUUCAGUCAAAUUGCUCGUGUUGGACCCACUUCGGAGCUUUCGUUGGACAAUUUGCGAUUGCUGUGCAUUUCCCACCGCGUCGAUGCUGAGCCCGCUGUCCGUCUAACCUCGGAGCAACUGACUGAACUCCGAAUCUUCACCGAUGCUCGCAUUGUGUAUGCUCUUACUGGUCCUGGCAUCGCCGGUGCCAUUGCCCAGACCAAUGUCUUCGAUUACAGAUGCCUCACUGGACCCAGCCACUUUGGUGCUCCGUUGAGUAGCACCGAGCUUACUUUGACUGACGUUUCGGAGAGUGAAGCAUCUAAUGACAACCUCGAGGGACAGAUUACUGUCUCUGGUCCUGCUGUCGUUGAUGGUAAAACGACUUUGUCUGCCCGCGCGCGUAUCACCAUUGAUAACACCCUUGAACUGUGUUAA